AAUUACUUCUAUACAUUUUAGGGCGUCUGUGUUUUAUCGUGGCGUUCGAACAGUUUUCCCAUUGAGUACUCAACUCGCGCGGCCGUUAUCCAAGCUGACCGAAGUUGGUGCGGCGUUUGAGGGUUAAACCAGCCAGCUAACCACGCUAGCAUUAGCUACUACCAGUGCCGACGUCUGGAAGGGCGGACAAGUCUCUCCAAGGGUUCGCUCACAUUUGGGAGAUUAGCACAACACAAACGUCUCGUCCCUAAGAAGCCUUCACGCUCAACAUGGAGUGGACACGCAUGAAGACAGCGACUAAAGAGGAUUAAAAGCAACUCGGGUCUUAAUGGGGGGAAAGUUGAGUUAAGGAUUAACAUCUUGGGAUAAACGGAGGAAAGCUUUCAAGUCGCAGCCGUUGUUCAAGGACAUGCUAAAAGCUCAGUGAUGGAGUCCACCGUUGUGAGUACGUCCACCCUGGCCUCUGAUGAGUUUGACAGGAAUGUGCCACGGAUCUGCGGCGUGUGUGGUGACAAAGCCACCGGCUUUCACUUCAACGCCAUGACCUGUGAGGGCUGCAAAGGUUUUUUCAGGCGCAGUAUGAAGCGCAAGGCCUCCUUCACGUGUCCUUUUAAUGGCAAUUGCACCAUCACCAAGGACAACAGGCGCCACUGCCAGGCAUGCCGGCUCAAGCGCUGUGUGGACAUUGGCAUGAUGAAAGAGUUCAUACUGACAGACGAGGAAGUACAGAGGAAGAAGGACUUAAUUCAACGGCGAAAGGACGAGGAGGCCCAGCGCGAAGCAGAGAGAGAGGCUCGGCGGCCUCGGCUCACUGAUGAACAGAGUCAAGUCAUCGCCACACUGGUGGAAGCGCACCACAAAACAUACGACGACUCCUACUCUGACUUCUGCCGCUUUAGGCCUCCUGUUCGCGAGGGCCCAGUCACACGUAGCGCCAGCAGAGCGGCUUCUCUCCACUCUCUGUCGGAUGCCUCCUCCGAUUCCUUCAGUCACUCUCCGGAAUCGGUAGAUGCCAAAAUGAACUUCAACAACUUGUUGAUGAUGUACCAAGAGCAGGGCAGCAGCCCUGACUCCAGUGAAGAGGAAGGCUCCAGCUUCUCCAUGCUGCCCCACCUGGCAGACCUGGUCUCCUAUAGCAUUCAGAAGGUUAUAGGCUUUGCCAAGAUGAUUCCAGGCUUCAGAGAGCUGACCGCGGAGGACCAGAUCGCUCUGCUAAAGUCAAGUGCCAUUGAGGUGAUCAUGCUGCGCUCAAACCAGAGCUUCAACCUCGAAGACAUGUCCUGGAGCUGCGGUGGGCCUGAUUUUAAAUACCAGAUCAGUGAUGUCACCAAAGCGGGCCACACUCUGGAGCUGCUGGAGCCGCUGGUUAAGUUCCAGGUGGGCCUCAAGAAGCUCAACCUGCACGAGGAGGAACAUGUGCUGCUGAUGGCCAUCUGCUUGCUUUCCCCAGACCGCCCAGGUGUGCAGGACCACGCACGUGUUGAAGGCCUCCAAGACCGGCUCUCUGAGACCCUGCAGGCCUACAUCCAGCUCAACCACCCCGGAGGAAGUCUGCUCUAUGCUAAGAUGAUCCAGAAGUUGGCCGACCUGCGCAGCCUCAACGAGGAGCACUCCAAACAGUACCGCUCGCUCUCCUUCCAGCCUGAGCACAGCAUGCAGCUCACCCCACUGGUGCUGGAGGUGUUUGGCAGUGAGGUCUCCUAGUGGGAGGCCACACCAAUGAGGGUAAAACAAAAAAAAAAAAUGGAGAGAUGCAGGGUGAGCGCUGAUGAUGUCCUAAGUGGACUAAAUGGAGUUGUGAAGUGGGAGUGUGUGUCUCUAAAGAAGUCUUUAUGGAGAGCAAGCAGAUGUUAAGAGACCUUAAACAAGGGAACUACAUUCAGUACAACUUAAGCUAAACACUCAACUUCUGCCUAUUUACAGUGUUUUUGUCUAUUUAAAUCAACGCUGCUUCAAAUGCCUGGACAUUUUGUGCGCACACAUAUUGUGUGCAACAACAACACACUCAGUUAUUCAUUUAGCCAUUCCGUUGAGCUACCUCUUCUUUUUUUACCGGGGUUGUUUUUAUAUUUCCAUCACGUAUGUGGAAUAGCAACUUUGCGACGCUUUAGAUACAGUAUGGACGACAUUUUAUUUGAUGAAAUCAGUGCCUCUACAUACUUUAUAAGUUGAAUGCUAUGUUAUUUUUGUGUCAUCUGCUCCUCUCCAAGGCAGUGUAUGUACAGUGUAUGACCGUGUAUACCAACAUUUCAUCUCUCACCAAAGGUAUGAUCACCUACCUUGUGUAAAAAUCUGUCUUGCUGCUCUGCGGCAUGCUGCCAUUCGCCAUUGUAACGUUUCCGACUCGCCUCACAACCCAUGAAGGAAAACGGUCAGUACGUGUUUAGGUUUAGAUGGAAUGUAGUCUGCAAUUUAGUUUUUGCUCGGGUUUGGGUUUGCCUGCUUUCGAAGUGAGAAUCAGCCACUAAAUGUGUUUAGCUACUAUUUUUUUUUUUUUAACUGCAAACUGUCAAUCAAACCGAGCCAACAUUAUGGCUUGUUGCUCUUAGUUUGUUUUCCUCAUGCCUCUCUUGAUAUAGUUUAUUCCUUGUAAAUAGCUAAUUGCUACCAUGUGUAUCCUAAGCACUGUUAUAUCACCUUUUAUUCAAGCCUAUGUACUGACAUACAUUAUCUAUAUAUCACAGAUUUUAAAGGGCUAAAAUGCCAAAUCUAACUGGAAUAUUGAAUUAAGGCCCAAGAAUGAGGCCUGAAUUGUUAAUAUAUACCUGCAUACCAUUCUUGGAAAUUGGCAUAGACAUGGAUGUAAUUGCGCUACAGUUUUUUUUUUUUUUUUUUUAUUUAAUUUCAUCUUUAAAACAAUUCCAUGAAUUGUUCGUCCUCGGAACAUGUGUGAACACAGCGGAUGUUAAGUUCCGGGAGCUGCUUCAGACCUCCACGUGUAUCACACCCUUUCAUUGCUGACUGGGAAGUGAAUUAUAUAAGAAUGUCUGGGAGUUUUUUUUGUUUUGGUUGGUGGGCCCCUCCAGAUGCGUAUUGUGCAGCCCCCUAGUGGCGGUAUGGUGUAAAUACCAGGUAUACAUAACUGUAAUAUGGCCUCUUCAGGGCUACAGAGUUACUACAAGUAUAUCCAGAGUUGGAUCUGAACUAAAGAGGACAAGGGUAUUAUUACUUAUUCAUCACAGUUUUAUAUAUAUAUAUUUUUUACAGACGUCAGAAAUGUAUUGACAUUUUACAAGUACUUUAAGUGACAUAUGAUAUGCUAGUGAAAACACAGUAAAGUCCCGGUGAUUGUUUUAUAAUCCUCUCAUUUUGUUUGUAUUAAUCAGUAUUUACUUUUAUGUCACUUUUAUGACAGAAACACAGUUUCCUCAGUAAUUUCCUCAGCUUUAAAUAAAUAUUAACAAACCCACUGCUGAGUAGUCGCAAGGAUCAAAUAUUACUUCUCAGUCUAUGCCGGAGCAUUCUAAAGAUAGAAAAAAAAUAUGCAAAUAUGUGUUUUGUUUUGAAUAAAUUGAUCAACUCCAACUGAGUUUGAUCGCAUUAAACAGGGAGCGUUGGUAUUCAACACACUGCCAAAAAGUUCUGUAACAUUUGGUUAGUUGAUCUCCACUUUUUUAUGAAUAAUGUAAUGUUAAUUCGAAUAUUCAAUAAUUAUAAAGCCAUAUACUGUCAAGCCUUCUGUCAUCAGGCUUUGGACUGCCGUCUUUAGAACUCUUUUCGCUGACAUUGUGCGGUUCCGAGACGAAAGUUGUAAUGGCUUAUGAACCGCCCGGAGAAGAUGAAGUACUUGGAGGCCGGUCAUGUAUUUGGAUUUAUGGUUGACCUCUGACCUGUUGGUUGAUUUGUUGAUUGCUUGGUCAGUCGGACGAAAAGCGCUGUGCAGAGCAUUUUCACCAUUGUGGCCACUGCAUUGCGCUCAAGCUAUUUUAGCGUAAACUCUUUCCUGUGAUGACAUGGUCUCAUACAGUUUUUGACAUCUGCGAAAGUAGCUUCUGUGAUUGGCUAUGCAGGCCUGUGCCAGACUUACAGCGCUUCCUGUGACAUCAUCUCAGGGCAACACUUGAGUGUUACUCAUCUGAGAGCACCGUCGCUUUAAACUGUGCAGCCCCAAACCUAAACCUGACUCACCAGCAGGACCGUUCUGUCACUGUGGCUUUAGUACAACAUCUACUACUGGUUACAGCUUGUGCCAGUCCAACCUGAGCCCAUGGAACGCUUGUAGUAGCCCGAUGGUGAAUAUAGGACUAUAUGUUCCCCGAAUAGUAUCGUGAACUUGGUUUUCCUUCUAGAAUUUCAUUAGGAUUAUCCUGUACUGUCGAUGUAUGUAAACAUCUACACAUGUGAACAUCUAUAUCCAUGUGAGGAUUGGAAGAUUUAAGGCUGCACCACUCGUGUAUAGCACGCACGUACGCCAGGACAGUUGAUGGCCGUACGAUGUGCUUUGUUACCCAACUCUUCUGUAUGUACAGUAUGUAGAAAGUCACACAUUUCUACAUAAAUACUCAAAAAGUCACCACGUUGACUUAAACCGUACAUACGUCUGUAUGCAUGGUUUUGGUUUGGUUCUGUUUUCUUUGAAGACAGAGGUGCGGUGUUGAUUUGUAUGGAGGAGUGUGCGUGUCGUGGUGGUGGGGCUGGGGGGGGGGGUAAUACUUUGGCACUAGUCAAAGUCAAAAUAUUACGAGAAUAAAGUAGCAAUUUUGCAAGAAAAAAAGUUCCUACAGGCACAGAAAGUCCUAAUGUUGCAAAAAAAAAAAAAGUUGUGAUUUUACAAGGAAAAAGUCGUACAAAGAGACACAGAAUUUUCCAAGAAUAACUGUAAUAAUAAGUAAGUCAAGCACAGACAGACUGACUGGUGCUGCCGUUGCUGGUGUCCUGUCAUGUGUGUGUUUGUGUCUUGGUGUGGUGUUUGAUUGUUGGCUCAUUGUGUUCCGAUUAUUCCAUUAUUUAUACUUUUAGUAAAUGGAAUUAGGAUGAGGGACUACCGAUGGGAAAAAAAUAGCCUUUUGGCUAAUUCUGGCGUAUUAACAGAAAUGUCUAUUAAUACGUGCUGUUCCUGUGAGUAAGUAAGUAAAUAAAUAAAAAGGUUGGAAUAUUACAAGAAAAAAAUUGUUUCAAAAAAAAAAAAAGAAGCAGAAUUUGGCUACAAUGAAGUCAUAAUAAAAUGAGGGAAUAAAAGUGUAAGGGUACAAAAAAAAAAGUAAAAUUAUUGCCGUUAUAAUUAAAAGUUGUUAUGUGAAAAAAAGUCGUUAUUUGUUGGAAUGUUGUGGAGAAACAAAGAUUUAAGGUAAAUUAGUGACCUUAGAAGAGAAAAAGAAGGGUGUAAUUAUAAGAAAAGUGUAAAUAUGACAACGUUGUGAGGUUAUGAGAAACAUUCUUAAUUACUUGGGAAGUCAAGUUGUAAUACAGGAAUGAAGUUGUGAUGUUUUUGAAAGUCCGAAUAUGAUGACAAUAUAGUCGUAACAUUAUGGGGAUUUAAAAAACAAAAAAGAGGGGAAAAAAAAAAUCCAAAAAUGGCAUUUUUAAACUAUAUAUAUUUAUGACUUUCUUUUCUGGAAAUGAUGUCUGCAUUAAGAUGCGUACUGCUGAGGAUCGUGUCGGGUUACACGUUAGUCAGUUUUAUGAGCAUGAGCCUCUUUUACGCAGAGAACCCGCAAAAUAGAUUGACCGAAAUGGUCUUUUUGGUUGCCUUUGUUCCAUAAUCAACUGGACGUGUUUUGAACAUUGAAUUUCCGGCAGGUUUCUAGAAGGAGAGGAGCCCCUGCUGGGCUGUUGCGUUUAGUUUGUGUGGGAAUUUUAUUCUUGCGGGGGCGGGGACAAAAAAACAUGACCUUUUUCCCGUAUCAUCACAACUUUAGCCUUCUCACCUUACAAUUUGUUGUCUCAUAUUACAACCUUAUUCUUGCAAAUUACCACUUUUUCUUGUAACUCUACUAUAUUUACUUUCUUCUGGAUGUGACCCUAACAGCCCUUCGUAGAAGUACAGUACGUAUGUUGAGUACAAGUAGGGAGUUUUUGGGAACGUGUAAGUGCCACAGGGAGUCUUCCCUCAACACAGGGUCAAAGAGUUCUUGGGGAUUUCAAAGCGUAACCGGAACAUUCUCGAGGAUGGAAGUAACGUUGAUCGCCAUGACACAUUGUACAUAUCAUACACACAGUAGACACCCUGAAACCAAGAUUUUCCUGUUUGUUUUUUACCAUAAAAAAGCUGCUCAAAACUCCUCUUUUUCAUUUUUGACAUGUACAGUAUUAACUCAUGCAUUGUGCUUGUCGGAAUACUGGACCUUGUAAAUCCUCCAGCAAUGCGUCCGUCUUUGCUGAGAUGCUACUCGGCAUUGACAACCUCACACACACACACACAUACCUGUAACAUCCAACUCAUGGUACACUAUCACCAGCAAGCUUUACACUUCACUUUAGCGCGUUCCUUUGUAUGACUGUUGCCAUUACAAAUCCUGUCCGUAAAGCACGUGUGCUCGCCGCCUCCCCACCUCGACUCCAUGUUUCUGUUUCCUGCCUUUACGACAGGGAUUGUAAUGGAAUCAACUUAAUGUAGUUCUUAAGACAAGGAGUGUCCACAAUGGAUGUACACCAUAGUCUACCUAAAAAAAAAAACAAAAAAACCUACCUCUUUUAGCUCUUUUAUUUUGCUUUAGUAUUUGCUUCUGUUUUUACUUUUUGUAAUAUUUGUAUUCAUGUUGGUAUUUAUUGCUGUCUAAUGAGUCAUACUUCAAUGAUUACCUCAGAGAUAUCUCACAGAUUAUGGGAGAGUCCAGCUAAUGAAGUCGUUCAUAGAUUUUUUUUUUUCUUGUUGUGCAGUUCUCAUACUUAGCAUUGCCUUUUUUGUUGUUUUUUUCAAACGCACAAAAUACAAGGAGUGUUUGUUUUUUUUUUCUCUCUUCCUAUAAAUCUUGUGCCUGCACCAGCGGGGCUCCCACUAGCUAGAAAGAGGCUGCACACACUCCAAGAAGUUGACUCUAUGCAUACACGCAUUUGGAAGGAGAAUUUCGCAGAGUCAAUGCGGCAGGAAGACUUAAAGCGGCGCAGGGAGCAAUGAAAGGUGUGUUAGUGCCACCCGGUGCUACAUGCAUAGUUUCGGCUCUGGUAUUUUUUUUUCCUGCCUUGUCUUUCCAUCCUCUUUUCUCCUUCACCCUCACCGCCAUCAUUCCCGGGCCAAUGAGGGGUGAAUUACACCGUACACCCAAUGCUGCUUUUUUUUUUUUUUUUUUUUUUUUAACGCGAGCAUCACCGUGUUUGCGACGCGACAUGAUGUGGGCGUGGCCCGAAGUGUCGGCCCCCCCACCCCUCCUUCGGAAGUUAGUGGUACUCAUUGGAGAGAGAGAGAGAUCACUCUUUUAUGUACUUAUGUCAAACUGCUUCAGGUAAACACUGAAUGAAACGAUGAGUGAAUACUGAGGAACAUGGUUGCCACGGUGACGCGGACCCUGAGCUGUGUGCCAUAUGACCGUCUUACUGCAGGGCCACCGGCUCCACGUGUUCCACAGCUUCACAGAGAUUGACUAACUAGAACUUUACUUUUGAAUUUGGCAUUGAAUUCUAACCCUACAUUGUGAACCCAAAUCAUGCCACGUUCAACUGAAAUGCCUGAACCAACAAGAAGCACUUAAUGUAACAUGAUGUAACAUGCAUACUGAUUGAAUUUAUUUGCCAGAACAGGCCUAGGGUUUUAGGUCGAGCUUGGCUCCACUUAUAAGGAAGAAAUUAAAUCACCUAAAUUUUAUUGUAAUUGCAAUUUUAUCUUUUGUCUCUUUUUUUUCAAAUAUCUUUUUUUCUAUUAUAAAUUGGUGUUUAUGUAAUAUUAUUUUGUCAGAUGUUUUGCAAAUCAAAAAUAAACACUUGUACAUUGCA